AUGGACGGCUAUAACGAGAAAAGCCACCACUACGAUGACGAACCCGAACCUGGUAGCUUCGUCAAGGCUUUUGAUGCUUUCCCGAAAGCCAAGCCCCAAUAUGUAACGCGCACGUCGGGCGGCGGCAAGUGGACCGUCGUCAUGUACGUCGUGUCGUGCGUGCUGCUAUGGUCGGAAGUAGCGCGGUGGUGGCGCGGCGAGGAAACGCAUACGUUUGCGGUCGAGAAGGGUAUCGGUCACAAUAUGCAGAUCAACCUCGAUAUCGUGCUCAAGAUGAAGUGCAAGGACCUGCACGUCAACGUCCAGGAUGCUUCCGGCGAUCUCAUUCGCGCCGCUUCCCGCCUGCAGGAAGAUGUAACGAACUGGGGCCAGUGGGUCGACGCCAAGGGUGUUCAUCGAUUAGGUCGCGAUAGCCACGGCCGCGCUGUUACGGGUGCUGGUUGGCAUGAGGAGGGGUUUGGUGAGGAGCAUGUCCAUGAUAUCGUUGCUAUGGGACGCAAGAAGGCUCGUUGGGCGAAGACGCCUAGGUUAUGGGGCGCUGAGGCUGAUAGCUGUCGUAUCUAUGGAAGUCUGGAUUUGAAUAAGGUCCAAGGUGAUUUCCACAUUACUGCGAGGGGCCACGGUUACUCUGACCCAGGGGUGCCUACACAUUUGGACCAUGGUGCCUUUAACUUCUCCCACGUCAUCUCAGAGCUCUCCUUCGGGCCGUACUACCCGUCCCUAGUCAACCCCCUCGACCGGACCAUCAACAUCGCCGAGACGCACUUUUUCAAGUUCCAGUACUUCAUGUCGGUGGUGCCCACCAUCUACAGCGUGCAGCGGGGGUCCGGGUCGGCGCCGGCCGAGCGCACCAUCUUCACCAACCAGUACGCCGUCACGGAGCAGAGCAAGGAGAUCAACGAGCGCAUGGUCCCCGGCCUCUUCUUCAAGUACGACAUCGAGCCCAUCUUGCUGCACGUCGAGGAGCGCCGCGACGGCCUCAUCACCUUCGCCAUCAAGAUCGUCAACAUCCUCUCCGGCGUCUUGGUUGCGUGCAACUGGGGCUUCACCUUGAGCGACUGGGUCCGCGAGGUCAUUGGUCGCAGGAGGAGGCAGAUUAGCGAGGGCGUUAUCGGUGCGAAGGCUGGGUAUGACGAGUAA